CUGAUAAUUUUUUUCAACGAAAAUUGAAAAAUCAAAAUCAAAAUUUGAAAGUUUUGGUUAUGUUCUGGUGAAAAACGAUUUCAUUUUAAUAAUUCCAUGCUGAAAUUAACGCUCAAUUUCGUGAAACAAUUUCAAAAAUGGGCUGGUGUUCUAUUGAAGCUGUGUUUGAAAACGAAACUCUAAUCAAUGAGAAUUUUUGAUAAGGUCUGAUAAGACCAACCGAGCUUUCAAACUUUCGACGUUCAAGAUGAUUCUCGGUUCAAUGAAUAUUCGAAACAUUCUCUGGAGGUAAAUGAGCUGAAUUCACUUUCAGAAGUAAAGAUCAACUUUCAUAAAUUCAUAAUGUUGCUUGAAAUUUUAAUCUGUAUCUGUUUCACAUUAGUCUUACUAUGGUUGAAUCGUUUUUCAAAAAAAUACUCGCCAGCUAAAAACCAGGCUGUUUUGAUCACCGGAUGUGAUUCUGGUAUAGGAUUUUCAACAGCUAAAUACUGUCAUGAAAUUGGUUUCACUGUUUUUGCAGCAUGUCUGAACGAAGGAAGCGAAGGUUGUGUUCAGCUCAAAAAACUCGGAGACGUUUUUACGGUGAAGCUGGAUGUCACAUCCAGCGAAAGUAUCAAAAAGGCUUUAACUCACGUCAAUAAUGUCUUGAGAGCGAAUCCUGGAAUAUCUUUGAAAACACUCGUGAAUAAUGCCGGAGUAAUGGUGUUUGGAGAAUUUUCUUGGCAGACGGAAGCUCAAAUUCGAAAUCAAGUCACGAUCAACUUAAUUGGAGCGAUGAAUGUUACCAAUGCCUUCAUGUCUCAUAUUCGUCGGAAUAAAGGUCGUAUUAUAAAUAUCUGUAGUCAUUGUUCAUUGGAGGCUUUGCCUGGUUUAUCAGUUUAUGCUGCGUCUAAAGCAGGUCUUUUAGCAUGGACUAAUGCUCUGCGAGUUGAAAUGAAGAAAUUUCAAGUUUCAGUUAUCGCUUUCAUACCUGGUUCGUAUCCUCAAGAUACCAAAAUCUUCGCCCAGCAUGAACGUUAUGUGAAAGAAAUGAGUGAAAAUAUGUCACCGGAGGAUUGGAAUUUAUAUAAAGAUUACUUCAACGAAUACAACUACUAUUUGAGUUUCAUUUCGAAACCUACAGAAUGCCGUCCAAUUGAAAAUUAUUACUUUUAUAGUAUUUUAAACUCAGCUUUACUUUGCGUUUACCCUAAAGCUCGUUAUUGUUAUUCUCCAGCACGAUAUUUCUUCUAUCAUUCUUUAUUCAAAAUAAGUCCAGUUUUUAUUCGUGAUUGGUUGGUGUUGAAAUUUGUCAAUAUGCCAUCGUGGAAAACAAAAUGAAUUGAUUGUUCUCGUAAAAGAAUGAAUAAAGAGCCCUAUGAGUGAGACUACUUGAAUAAAAAGUGCAAUAUAAUUUGAAAAAAAAAUUUAAUCAACUUUCAAAGUUUUCAACUAUAGCAAUAAUAAAAUUGUAUUAAAAAUAAUAUUAUUAGAUAAUCAUAUCGUAAAUUAUAUGCUUGCAACAAUGAAUAAUCAUGUAGAAAAUGUUAAUAACAUGAAAAUGGAAUGCGAGUGUGACUGCUUGUUUUAUGCGUUUCAAGUAUCACGAUUCACGAUUACCUUCUUGAUGAACAAAAGCUUCAUUGACGAAUGGAUUCUCAUCAUAAGGUACUUCGUAACUUAAUUUAUCUAAGAUAAUCAUAAAUAAGAAAAACGCGAUGAAUAGAAAUGUGCCCAUAACAAAGUAGCGACGAUACUUGUGUCGGAAGUAGAAUUGAAAAUAUCUAGAAUUCCUGGCGCACCUGUUGAUAAAAUCAAACGAUGAUUUCAUGCUUUUUGUUUUCAAGAAAAACAUAAAUGAACUGAAUAUAGUGUACAAAUACUCACACAUGCCAUUUAUUAAUCCGUUCCGUCAUUGUUCUCCUUUCAUACUUAUUUUCAUCGCGAUCGACGGAACUAUUCGUCAAUUUUUUAGUUUCGGUGGAAUGAGUUAAUCGCCUAGGUACAUUAUCUGGGAAUUGUUUCACUGCAAAAGUAAUAAAAUCAUUAGUUGGAACUCGAUCGAUUUAUACGUAUCUCAUCAAGUCAUCAUUAACGAUAUAAAUUCUUACCAAACAUAUUAUUUUUUCUGUACGGUUCGUUGUUGGUUUCACCGAUUUGUAAAAUGGUAUCAUUUGUUCUAUUUUCGAAAUACGAAUCGUUAUUACUAACAUUCGUGAACUUUUCUUCUGGUUUGAUUUCUUCUGAAGCUGGUAACUAUGGAAAUACAAAAUACAUAAGUUGAUUUCGGAAUCCAUAACGCGAUCGAUUCAGAAUUCAUGAUUUCUCACCAAAGGCAUUCCUAAACCAGCUCGAGCCCAAUUCACACUUCUCAAUUUCUCAAAAAGAAUAUCAGCUACUGGAGAAACAAGAUUAGCUGGAGGAAAUAGAGGGUUGGCACAUGAUGGACAAGUAUAUCCAGCUGGAGCAGUUGUAGGAGGUAACUGUCGCUCGUAAUGAUCCAAGCAAUGCCAAUGAAACACAUCUAUACAGAAGAUUUUUUCAAAAUUAUUCGUCAAAUUUGUUCAUUAUUAAACCUGUAUCUGAAAUCGAAUGACUUACGAUAACAUAUCAAUCUGAUGCAUUCCUCGUCGCUCAGCUUUUUGGUACAUAAUUCGCAAAUUGGAUUAUAAUCUCCGUCUUGUAACCACUUCAAAUAGGACAGAACUAUACACUGGAAAUCGAGCUUUGAUUAGUAUACAUUUUUUUACAAAUUAUUGAUUGUACCAGUUUCUUAUCAACUUACUUUUGGAUGAUUAGUUACCAUACAGUUUUCGCAUACAUUGACCCUAUGUUCGUAGCAGAAUUGAUUGGUGACUUUACGUUUAGGACAUUUACAUAACCCCAUUAUUUUUGAACGAAAUCGUAACUGCUGCUGAUGAGAAAGUAAGAUGAAAAUAUACAAGUUUUCACUACACCAUGCAAGUUUGAACUUUACGUUAAAACGCAACUAGCGAAAAAUAUAUAAUUUUGAGAAUGAUUAGUCAUUCGUUUCGAUUCAUUUAGAUCGUGUUUUUUCUUCGAAUUAAAUAAAUUUCGACGAA